UCUCUUCUCCCCUUCCCCUCUCUUCCUACAACUGCCACCAUGUUGAUGUCCCUGCUCUCCCAUCUUCUCUGCGCCUGGUUCGCAUUCCUCCUCCCCUGCUUCCGGACGUGGCGGGCGCUUAAUCAUCGCCCCCUCUCCGAGCAAGAUGUCGCCCAGUACGCGCAGUACUGGGUAGUCAUGGGGGCCUUCAUGACGUUCGAGUACACCCUCGAGUCCUUCAUCAGCUGGAGUCCAUUCUACUGGGAGCUCAAAACCCUGUUCCUGCUCUUCCUUUCCCUCCCCCAACUCUCGGGUUCGACUUGGGUGUACAACACCUACAUCUCGCCCUACUUCACCAAGAAUGAGGCCGACAUCGACAAGAGCAUCGCUGCCGUUCAGAGCAACACGGUAGCGUUCGUGACCGACAAGAUUGGCGCCCUCUGGGGCUUGGUCCAGGGAGGCGUCACAAAAGCGAACCAGCAGGCCGCCGCCCAGCAGGGACAAACUCAGCCGGCAACUGCCACCUCCCCCGUGCAGACCGCGAUGAACCUAUGGAACUCAUAUGGCCCGGCUGUCAUGGGGUACAUGAACAAGAACAAGGCGGCCGAGCCGGUGGCCACAAACCCUGCUGCCGCGGCUUCCACGACGUCGUUCCAAUCGCAGGCCAGCGUGGCGCAGCCCCGCACCCCUUACGCUGAGAACUUGCCCAACCCCCACGACUCGGGCGCCGCGCCGUCCUUCCCCCAGCCAGCCAUUUAA